CAGCCGCGUCGUGCACAUUCUCGGGACCUGAUCGACUUUGCUGGCUGGCUCCGGCAGGUGGCGCCCGAACAGGGACUCGAGAAUCUGAGCGCAACGAUGGCCGCUGCCUGUCAGGAUUGAGGAUGCCAAAGUGCCGCGCUGGCUGCCAGAAAGGUUGGUACGCACGGUGGAGACAAUCUCUAGUAAACCAGAUGAGAAGACUGACGAUUCAAGAGCAUGAUGAAUUACCAUCUCGGCAACAAUUCCAGGCAUUGGUGCGAGAGGCACAGAAUCGUAUUGCUGUGCAGGGCAAUCCGAUAUCGCCUUUAAGCUUCCUGAUAACCUUAUUAAUUACCUUAAAUCAGAUUAAUACUGCACAUUCUGAAGAAUAUUCAAAUGCUUACUGGGCUUAUUUUCCCGACCCUCCCCUUCUCAAACCGGUGGGCUGGGAGGGUCAAUCCAUUCCCAUAUACACUAAUGAUACUGUGGCUUUGGGGGGGUUUUCAGAUAAACAUAUUAUUCCUAAUCAAGUUAAUUUCUCUUAUCAUGGAGUGUUUGAUCGUUUACCUGUCUGUCUAGAUAUUUUAAUUCAACAGGAUGCCUUUUUGUUGGGGAGGCAAGAUAUGCCAAUUCUGACAGUAGUUGGAACCUGGACAUUCCUGGAGUAACGAAAGAAUCUGGAACUCCUCAAUGUCGUAAUGGAACUGGUCCUUUAGAUAUCCCUUUCUGUGACCCUGAAGCAAGGGGAACAGCCACUGCUGCACCAUGGAAACUGUGUCGAGAUGGAACUGCUACGGUUAUUUUGGUGAAGUACUCAUGGAAAAAUCAGACAAAACUCUUUUUUACAUCUUGUUCAUUUAAUUAUCUUCUUGGCAGACGCGGUUAACAAGAUGGUGAAAUACAAUAGAUUUUUAAUAGCUAAAUAAAAUGUCGCAAUCAAGACCCUUUGUAAAAAAGCAUUUUAAUUAAUAUGCUAUAUUUUUUCUAAUUGUAGCACUGAAUAUGAAUUUGUAAUGGGGAUCUUAAUUUCUAUCACUAUCAUGAGGAAAUAAAGAGAUAUGGGUUACUGUAUAUUUGUUUUCUUUAUAAAUCUUUUAUAAUAAUGAGGAAUAUUUUAUGAAAUAAUAAUGUACAAAACAAAAAUUA